CAAGGAGCUCCAAGCUGCACCUCACUCCACAGUGGGGCAGAACAGUCGAUCCUCCAUGCGUCACUCUUCCGUCGCGUAAAAGACUGCCGCGGUCGAAUUUGUGUUUUUAUUUUCCUCUUCAUUUAUCACUACUUGUAUCUACAGUUCAGUGCUACGGCAGCCCUCCAUCCGACGUAACACCGCCAUUUGGCGCAUCCUCGCAACAGAUACCGAAAACCGACUAGUCACUUUCACGACACACAUACGAAACAUGGCAGGCAAGAAGGGCGGCGGCGGCGGGGAGAACAGCAAGAAGGCUGCUGGGAACGCGCGCAAAGCCGAAGCUGCGGCGCAGAAAGCUGCAGCUGAGGACUCCCGUCGGGAGGCUAAAGAGGCAGCAGAGUGGGAUAAGGGCGCAAAGAACAACUCCAAAAAGGAAGCUGAGGCGGCAAAGAAGGCCGAGGCAGCGAGAAAGAAGGCGGAGAAGGACGCCUUACUUGCAGAGGAGGAGAAGAACACCCCCGGGAGGUCGAAUCCCAAGAAUGCCAAAUCGGCGGUCAAGAAGACGAGUGCCCCGUCACGAGGUCUCGACCUCUCUCAGCUCGACGGUGACGACAGCAAGCCGCUCUCGGCCCUCAACGCGACCGGUAUCGACAAUGCGCUCGACGCCCUGUCCCUGACGUCGUCGUCGGACGCGGCAAAGAUUGACAGGCACCCUGAGAGAAGGUUCAAGGCCGCCUACGCCGCGUUUGAGGAGAGGCGACUCAAGGAGGCCGAGGCAGACGGGAGCAUGUCAGGCCUGAGACUCAAGCAGAAGCAGGAGAAGAUCAGGAAGGAAUUUGAGAAGAGCCCAGAGAACCCCUUCAACCAGGUUACGGCCAACUACGACACUUCCAAGCAAGAGCUGAAGGAGAUUCGCGAGCGGGAGAAGGCCAAGAUCGAGGGCAGGCUGACCGAAAAGAAAUAGACCCAAGCCGACCCGUAUAUUACGGAGUAAGCUCUUGUUGCCAGGGGUUUCCUGGAUCAUUUCUUCUUUAGCCAGCACAGCAUUUUAUACCACAAGCUUUGCGUGCAUUCACUUUUUCUCUUCUUAUUUAUCAGAAGCACAAGUCAGGGGUUGGAAAAGUUAGAUGUCUUCAUCAGACGUUGGAUGUUUAUGACUGCACAAUGGUCGUUAUCCAGAACACUGUAUUUUUCUCCCUAUCGAAACUCGUUGUUUGUUUUGCUUUUGAAUCCACGACUAUAGUGAUAGAAUAGAACAUGACACUAAAU